UGACGGAAAACAUUUUGGAUCGCGACAAACGGAAUCUCAGACACAAAAUUGUUGGAGAAUCGGAGAUCUUUGGCAGGAACAAACCCGUAAUUUCGCCCCAUCACCACUUCAUACUUUUUCCCAGUCCUUCCCCGAGUUGACCACGCCACGACGCCUUUCUCUGCUCGGCACUGCCAUUAAGCGAAGCCUACCCAGCAGAAAAGACGCCGGAGAUGGAUGGGCAUGACACAGAUGACCCUAAACAGAGCACUGCUGAUAUGACAGUUUUUGUGCAAAAUCUUCUUCAGCAGAUGCAAUCCAGAUUCCAGACAAUGUCUGAGUCCAUCAUCACAAAGAUUGACGAGAUGGGCGGCAGGAUAGAUGAGUUAGAGCAGAGCAUCAACGAGCUCAGAGCCGAGAUGGGAGUGGAGGGCUCACCUUCUCCUUCGGUCCCUUCCCAGCCAAAGCCAGAAUCCAAGUCAGCCGCCGACGAUUCAGUGUAAUCCUGAUUCGUAUGUUUUUCCUUUUCUGAUUUGGAAGGAGAAUCCGAUGUUGAUGCGUUUAAGAGUAGAUUAAUGUUCCAUGGAUUCGAAACUCUAUUUUGAAUUGUCCAUCUUUAAGUCUGCGAUGUUCUCGUUUUACAGAAUGCUUAUGUCUGGUUGAGAGAAUUAAAACCUUGCUAUACUUUUUCCA